UUGUGACCAACCUAUUAUUGUCAUUACCACCAACUUAUAUAUAUAAAUCCCUCAUCAAUCCAAUCAAAAUGUAGUAACAAAAUUAAAGUUGGUUGCACCUUUUUUUUUCCUUAUGUUGUAAGAAUUUGUGUAACACUAUUUCUUGAAAAAAGAAAAAAAAAAUGAUCAUGGAAAAGAAAAUGGCCACCCUACUCCAAGCUCUUGAGGCUAAACCCUUGCUAAUCCUCUUCAUCUUCCCUUUGCUUUUCUUGAUUGCUCUAUCGAGAUUCCGGCGCAAGCCCUAUCCUCCCGGGCCACGUGGCUGGCCCGUGAUUGGCAAUAUGGGCCUGACGGGCCAGCUAACCCACCGCGGCCUGGCCCGUCUGGCCGAGAAGUACGGAGGGAUAUUCCACCUCCGCAUCGGGUUCCUUCACAUAGUGGCGGUGUCGAGCCCGGACGAGGCCCGUCAGGUCCUCCAGGCCCAGGACGGCAUAUUCUCCAACCGGCCAGCGAACAUCGCCAUCAGCUACCUGACGUACGAUAGGGCUGACAUGGCGUUCGCCCACUACGGGCCCUUCUGGCGCCAGAUGCGCAAGCUCUGCGUCGUGAAGCUGUUCAGCCGUAAACGGGCAGAGUCCUGGGACUCUGUCCGUGACGAGGUGGAUGGUAUGAUCCGGGCCGUGGCUGUGGGGUCCGCGGGCCCGGUCAACGUCGGCGAGCUGGUGUUCGGGCUGACUAGGAAUAUCAUAUACCGGGCCGCGUUCGGGACCAGCUCGCACGAGGGACAGGAUAACUUCAUCGAGAUCUUGCAGGAGUUUUCGAAAUUGUUCGGUGCGUUUAAUAUCGCGGAUUUCAUCCCGUUUCUCGGGUGGAUGGACCCGCAAGGGUUGAACAAGAGGCUCGUAAAUGCGCGGGCCUCGCUCGAUGGGUUCAUCGAUAGUAUUAUUGAUGAACACAUGCACAAGAAAAAAAAGCCCGAAAAUAAUCAUGGGCCCGAAGUUGAUAGUGAUAUGGUGGAUGAGUUGUUGGCUUUUUAUAGUGAUGAUGAGACCAAAGUUUCUGAAGCUGAGGAUUUGCACAACUCAAUUAAGCUUACGAGGGAUAAUAUUAAAGCCAUAAUUAUGGAUGUAAUGUUCGGUGGGACCGAGACAGUGGCUUCCGCAAUCGAGUGGGCCAUGGCAGAGCUAAUGAGAAGCCCGCAAGACCUAAAACGGGUCCAACAAGAACUCAUGACCGUAGUCGGCCCGGCCCGAAAAGUCGAAGAGUCCGACUUUGAGAAACUCACCUACCUCCGGUGCUGCCUCAAGGAAGUGCUCCGCCUCCACCCGCCCAUCCCGCUCCUCCUCCACGAGACCUCCGAGGACGCCGUCGUCUCCGGGUACCACGUUCCGGCGAGAUCGCGCGUGAUGAUCAAUGCGUGGGCCAUCGGGCGCGACAAGAGCGCGUGGGAGGACGCCGACUCGUUCAAGCCGGAGCGGUUCCUCAAGGACGGCGUCCCCGAUUUCAAGGGGAGCAACUUCGAGUUCAUCCCGUUCGGGUCGGGCCGGAGGUCUUGCCCCGGCAUGCAGCUCGGGCUCUACGCGCUGGAGAUGGCGGUGGCUCAUCUCCUCCACUGCUUUACGUGGGAGCUGCCCGACGGGAUGAAGCCCGCCGAGCUGGAUAUGGAUGAUGUUUUUGGACUCACUGCCCCACGCGCCACCAGGCUGACGGCGGUGCCGACUCCACGGCUGCUCUGCCCACUUUACUGAGGUUGCCGGUGAUUAUGAAGUCGAGGCUUUUCGUUUUCGUUUCCGUUUCCGUACUACAUAUUUUCUUCUUUUCUUUUUCUUUUUUUUUUUAAUUUCUUUUUGCAUAAAUGUUUUUGUGUGAAUUUGGUUUAUGCAUAUGAAAAUGCAUCAACAAACUUUUUUAUUUUUUUUAAAUUUAGUUUGUAUCCAAAAUAAAAGAAAUGCUUGAAACAUGAAAAUGCAUUUGUAAUUAAACCAAACUUAUGAAAUAUGUAAAUAACUUUUGUGUUG